UUUUAAUUUUUACUAGUAAUCAGCACUGGGACUGUGGCACUGUGGCAGGCAUUCUGACACUGGAGGGAACUGACUUGGUGUCACUGACAUCCCCAGUGACACCAAUACAGUGAUCAGUGCUAAUAAAAAGCAAUGACACUGUACUAAUGACACUGGGCAUGAAGGGGUUAACACGUGGAGCGAUGAAAGGGUUAAUUGUGUGCUGUUUUACUCUGUGUGCUGUGCUUGUGCUUGACUAUAAGCACACUGCUUUGCAUGGCUAUGCUGUGCACAGCCAUGCAAAGCAGUGUGCAGGAACUGACAGGGAGGAGAACUGUUUUGUUUACUAACAGUUCUCUCCCC